UGGCGGCGCCCGCCCCCCACCGGCCCAGCCGCUGUCCGCCCCCGGGCGGGGCUCCCGGCGCGUCGGGCCGCCCCACGCCUCGCGGCUCCGCUGCAGCUCCAGCGCCCGCGGCCCCGACUGCGCGGGCGAGCGCCCGCGGGAGCUCGCGGCGAGCUGCAUGGUAUCACUCUGGAAGAGCUGUCCUGCACGGUCCAGGGAUGUGUGGUCACUGCUGUUCAACACCCUUGUUGGACCAGGUUCCUGCCAGCUUGAUCCCAGGCUUGGAUUCCAAGGUGACCAUGGAGACUGGCGGGCUCCCCCUGGAGCUGUGGCGCAUGAUCUUAGCCUACCUGCACCUCCCCGACCUGGGCCGCUGCAGCCUGGUGUGCAGGGCCUGGUACGAACUGGUCCUCAGCCUCGACAGCACCCGCUGGCGGCAGCUGUGUCUGGGCUGCACUGAGUGCCGCCACCCCAACUGGCCCAACCAGCCUGACGUGGAGCCCGAGUCCUGGAGGGAGGCCUUCAAGCAGCAUUACCUUGCCUCCAAGACGUGGACCAAGAAUGCCCUGGACUUGGAGUCCUCCGUCUGCUUUUCUCUCUUUCGCCGGAGGCGGGAGCGCCGUACCCUGAGCGUCGGGCCAGGCCGUGAGUUCGACAGCCUGGGCAGUGCCUUGGCCGUGGCCAGCCUGUAUGACCGCAUUGUGCUGUUCCCCGGAGUGUACGAAGAGCAGGGCGAAGUCAUCCUGAAGGUGCCCGUGGAGAUUGUCGGCCACGGGAAGCUGGGGGAGGUGGCCCUGCUCGCCAGCAUCGAUCAGCACUGCUCGACCACACGCCUGUGCAACCUCGUCUUCAUGCCAGCCUGGUUCUCGCCCUUCAUGUUCAAGACAACAUCAGGUCAUGUCCAGUUUGACAACUGCAACUUUGAAAAUGGGCACAUCCAGGUCCAUGGCCCAGGCACCUGCCAAGUGAAGUUUUGCACCUUCAAAAACACCCAUGUCUUCCUGCACAAUGUGCCCCUGUGUGUCCUGGAAAACUGUGAGUUUGUGGGCAGCGAAAACAACUCGGUGACAGUUGAGGGCCACCCGUCUGCAGACAAGAACUGGGCCUACAAGUAUCUACUGGGGCUCAUUAAGUCCUCUCCCAGUGUGCUCCCCACAGAGGACUCUGACUUUUUAAUGUCCCUGGACCUGGAGAGCAGGGACCAGGCCUGGAGCCCAAGGAUCUGUGACAUUGUCAUUGAGGGUAGCCAGAGCCCUACCAGCCCAGUCUCUAGCUCCCCAAAGCCAGGCUCCAAGGCUAGCUCACAGGAGGCAGAGGUGGGCAGUGAUGGGGAAAGGCUGGCCCAGACCCCAGACAGCAGCGACGGAGGUCUGAGUCCCAGCGGUGAGGAUGAGGAUGAGGAGCAGCUCACGUACAGACUAUCCUACCAGGUGCAGGGCCCACGCCCUGUCCUGGGGGGCUCCUUCCUGGGCCCACCUCUGCCAGGAGCUUCCAUUCAGCUGCCCAGCUGCCUCGUGCUGAACUCACUGCAGCAGGAGCUGCAGAAGGACAAGGAGGCCAUGGCCUUGGCCAGCUCCGUGCAGGGCUGCCUUAUCCGCAAGUGCCUCUUCCGGGACGGCAAGGGAGGCGUCUUCGUUUGCUCCUAUGGCCGAGCCAAGAUGGAAGGAAACAUCUUCCGGAACCUGACUUACGCAGUGCGGUGUAUACACAAUAGCAAGAUCGUCAUGCUCAGGAACGACAUUCACCGCUGCAAAGCCUCAGGCAUCUUUCUUCGCUUGGAGGGUGGAGGCCUGAUCGCCGGCAACAACAUUUACCACAACGCGGAGGCCGGCGUGGACAUCCGGAAGAAGUCCAACCCGCUCGUUCUGUGUAACCAGAUCCACCACGGCCUUCGCUCAGGCAUCGUCGUCCUUGGCAAUGGGAAAGGCAUCAUCCGGAACAAUCAAAUCUUUUCCAAUAAGGAGGCUGGCAUUUAUAUCCUGUACCACGGAAACCCAGUGGUGAGUGGGAACCACAUUUUCAAGGGCCGUGCAGCCGGCAUAGCUGUGAAUGAGAAUGGCAAAGGCCUCAUCACAGAAAACGUCAUCCGUGAGAAUCAGUGGGGAGGUGUGGACAUCCGCCGCGGAGGGGUCCCCGUCCUCAGGAGCAACCUCAUCUGCUUUGGCUAUUCGGACGGCGUGGUCGUGGGAGAUGAAGGCAAAGGGCUGAUAGAAGGAAACACCAUCUACGCUAAUAAGGGCUGUGGUGUGUGGAUGAUGUCGUCCAGCCUGACCCACGUCACCAGCAACCACGUCAGCUACAAUGGCCUGUACGGAGUGGCGGUGUUUAGCCAGAAGGAGGGCUCCAGGGAGCUCCCUGGAGGCCAUGGGGCCCAGGAGAGCUUCAGCGAGGAUGGGGAUGCCAUCCUCUGGGAACCCGAGCUGGAGAAGGACGACGACCCGCUGCGCCAGCCCGUCACCAUAGCGCUUGUGGAGUCCAACAGUAUUAAUCACAACGGAGCCUCAGGACUCUACAUCCAGAGCAGUGAGGCGCUGCACGUCAUCACCAAUGUGAUCCACGCUAAUGGGGACAGAGGCAUCACUGUAGCCCAGAGCAGCCAGCUCACCCGUGUGGCUAACAACAGCAUCUCCUGCAACCGCCAGAGUGGGGUCAAGGUCGAGGCCCAGUGCAAGGUAGAGCUUCGGGGCAAUGGGAUCUAUGACAACAGAGGCCACGGCAUCAUCACCAAGGGUGACAGCACCGUCGUCAUCGAAAAUGACAUCAUUGGCAAUCGGGGCAGCGGGCUGCAGCUGCUGCCCAGGUCUGACACUAAGGUAAUAAAGAACCGGAUCCAUUCAUUUCGGGCCUACGGCAUCGCAGUGCGGGGCCGCACCAAGGCUCUGGUGCAGGAGAACAUUUUCUUCCAGGGAAAGACCAACAAGACCAUCUUUCAGCAGAUCUCAAACAAUCGAGAAUGCAUCAUGCAAAACAACAAGUUCUUGGUCUUCAAGAAAAAGUCUGAUACAUGGCGGCUCAUGAACCCACCAGCACGCCCUCACCUUGAAAACUCUCUCCGAGGCCCUUCCGCAGCCCACAGUGGGCAGAAGGUGACGGCCAUGGCGACCAGGAUCACGGCCCGUGUGGAAGGUGGGUACCACAGCAACCGCAGCAUCUUCUGCACUAUCCUGUGAGGAUGGAGAGCCACGGGGCUGGGCAACUAGAGCGCCGUCUAGAGACUCUGGGAGCAACAACCACACACCAUUCUCAGGCUCAGGCGGACAGUGCAGUUGAGCUAAGAGGUGAGGCCUUCGGGAUGGCAGAGCCUUCGAGUCUGAGAAGGCUCCGGAUCCCUUUCCCCUGGGAAGCAGGCUCCUAGGCCUCCUGGGGACUAAGGACAAGGUACCUCCAAAACCCUUCAGCUCCACCACCCUCAGUAGGAAGGCACUUGAGUGCUUCUCAAAGGAAAAAGGAACAGACCUUGGGUUUCCAGUCCCUCCAGCUCCUGUAGAUUAUGAAGAGUUGAGGAAAGUCAGUACUGAAGCUGCGGUCAGGUUUUCUGUUUCAGUUACAGGGAGCUAACUGCAUCUUACACACCCCAAGCAGGCUCUCAGGGGAGAGGCUCACUCCUGAGUGAGGGGAGAAAUUCUAGGGAGGUGGAGACAGCUGCCCCAGGACUUCCCCUUCCUGACUCCCUCUCUGUCCCUCCAGGACACCACACGCCCUCCCAGCUGCCUGCAGGGGCUGGAGGAGUUGAGUUUGGUUUCCUUAAGGACAUUGUUUUAUACUUAAACAUGGGCCUGUGAUGGACGAGGGGCUUCGGACAGGGAGCCCCUCUUAAAAGGCUGACCUAGGGAUGACAAGGGACAUGUGGAGAACAGGAGGGGCUUCCUUGCAGUGGCUCAGGUGCCAGGCUGGGCAGUGCAGGGACACACAACUCCCCUCUACCCGCCAGGAGCUCCCAAACUCGGGAGGACGUUAGCUUGGUGCCUGCUGCACAAGGAUUCCCAUCCCACAAGCACAGCCACACCAGCCGCCCCCUCCUGGGCACCAGCCUGGGAGAGGUGCAGCUGCCUAGGGCCCCUCGUCUGUGUCCGCAUUCUCACGGACAACCAGCUGCCUUUGCUGGCUCUUAUGUGCCUUGGCUCAUGCUCUCCCCUUCCCUCUCUCCAGGUCCCACCAUUCACAUGAGCUCAGACACUGCCAUCUCCACAGAGCACUCCCUCCCCCAGGUGGCAGAGCUCUUCCUGCUGAGUCACCUCCUUUCCCAGCCCCUCUGUCCUUUCCCAGCCCCUCCGUACGGAGCACUUUCCGCCUGGUGGUCUCCAGGCCCAUCCCUGUCCCACUCACCUGCAUAGGCCCCAUCUCACUGUCUCUGUUCCCAGGACCCAGCCUAGGUCUGGGGUAGGGUCUGUAGCCCGAGUGGGCAGAGGAAGGCCAGUUCCCAAAGGGCUUCCCUGCGCUGUACUGUGAGUGACAAGGUUCUAGGCGGGCUCAGACCCUGCCCUGGCUGCUUGAGAAACGGGGUUGGAUGCAGGAGCCUCUACCUGAACAAUCCCCUCCCACUCGGCCUUUCACGCCAGGCCUUCACCAGCCUGUUGGGGUCGCUGUCGUGCACCUCACCAACGGCUCCCCAGGCUACUUCGCCAGGCCCUCUGGUGCUGCUCUCCCAGGUCCCAGGUAGGGUGGGAGGGGGCUGGAGGGAGCCAGGAGCGCGGGCUUCUUGAGGACUUUAGGCACAAGGGCGCUGGCCUCUUCCAUCCCCACUGUCCUUUGCACUUCUCUGGUGGCCCCAAUGUGAGUCGCUGUACAAAAUGCUGCCUUUAUUAUUUUGUAAGAAAUGACUUUUCUGUGAACCAAGCGCUUAUGAAAAUCUCAGCAACUAAAAUAAAGUUCUAUAUUUUAAAAGAG